GCAAUACAUGGCUUUUUUUUGGUUGUCGAUAUGAAUACCAAGUCCGAUUUAAGAUACAAAGAUGAGCUUCUUGGUGGAAAUGAAAAUCUCACACGGAGCUGACAAAUCCAACCAGCCUCACAUUCAAACUCGUUCGUGCAUUUCUUGCCUCAUUAAAAUCUUUCACGAAUAUCCACUGCCAGGAUCUAAACCUCGCCACAAGACGAUAUGAGCCAGGCGUCACAAAAUACGCAAACGGGUACACCCUACGCCUGGCGUAGAGCUUGUGUACCCUGUACGACCUCGAAGCGCCAGUGCACGAAGGAGGUUCCCGCUUGUCAGCGAUGCAAUGCUAAAGGGAUAUCAUGCAAGUAUAUGCCGGCACGGCAGGCGGAAAAUUCUUCGUCUAGAGAACUGGAGAUUCACGCCCCAUUGACGGAGGUACACCAUACCGCUCCUUUAGAGGGGUGUGCCAAUUUCGCUGAUCUGGCAAACCCCUUUCCGUCAACAGUUUCGGGCCAUAUCUUAGAACCCCCUCCAUCAGAGGCGACUGUGGGUUCUGGUUCUGCGGCAAUGGAAAAUUUUCCCAGCAGAGAUGUGUGGUUCGAAAUACCUGAAUCGUUAUUGGUAGACCACUCGAUCCCUCCAGACCUACCAGACGCAUCUACCGAUUCUCACAUUGAUCCCUUUAUCAAAUGUGUACAAAAUUGGCUCGUGAAUUGGGUCACAGAAGGCCGGAGUCCGUUGCACCACCGUCAGCUAUAUCAACACGGAAUGCCUCGACACGUGCAAGAUGCAUACACAACUAUGGCGAUGUACAGGAUAAAGAAUCCUGGUAACAAAUAUAUCACGUUCCGAAUCAUCGAAGAACGUGUUACGCAACUGUUAGAUGAUCAAGCUUUGGAAAAUUCAAUCUAUCCUUCGCAAGACAUUUUCAGCCACCUAAGCAGAGUCCAAAGUCUUCUCACCUACCAGGUAAUCAGACUCUUCGACGGGGAUAUUGGCAUGAGAGCACGAGCCGACGCGCAACUCAGCACUCUGUCGCAAUGGAGCCGUGAAAUGCUGGCGGCCACCGAGGAAUUCUUAUCUCGGAACAAAUGCCCAAUUUCCCACGGGGUUCAGUUCGAAGCAGAAAUUGCCAAAGUCCUAUGGAGGUCCUGGAUUAUAGUUGAGAGUGUACGACGAACUUGGAUUGUGUCCAAUUAUAUUCAUCAGACUUAUCUAUUCCUCAAACAAGGAUGGUCUGAGUGCCCAGGCCGCAUCAUGUUCACGAUGCGUAGUGGACUAUGGGACGCACCGUCUGCAUUUUCAUGGCAUAAAGCUUGUCUGGAAACCGACCCUCUUUUUGUACCUACCAUCGGGAUUCACAAGCUCUUUGAAGACACGCUUCCUGAUGAGGUUGAUGCCUUCAGCCGUGCGGUUUUGGCGCUCGAGGUUGGCAUGGACAAGAUGGAAAUGUGGACGAGAGGCGAGUUGUAUAGGUUCAGCAAAUAUCUUAGUAAUUAGUCGACGACUGAAGGGAUAUACAGCGCGAAGAAACAGGUACUAUCAAAAUAGGAUAUAAGGAAGCUAAGACUCAUCUGACUAAGGACUUGCACCCUCUUCAGUCGUCCUCAAACGUGAAAUUUCCUUCUUCAGCAUUUCAUUCUCCUCCCUCAGUUCAUCCAUCUCGCACUUCAAAUCUUCGGUUUGCUCCUGAGAACCAAGGCUGAGUUCCUCGACGAUCUUCGUGACUCGCCAGAGACGCAUGACGACGAUCAAAGAGGCAAUCUCCUCUAUGAUACCAACCAGGACAACGUCGAUGAUGAAACCCGCGACAACGAUAAAUGCGUCAAAGCGGUGGAACCAGGAUUUAAAAUAAC